AGGGCCGCGGACCGGCGCGGCUCCCGGGCAUGGUGAGCAAGGCGCUGCUGCGCCUCGUGUCAGCCGUCAACCGCAGGAGGAUGAAGCUGCUGCUGGCCGUCGCCCUGCUCGCCUACGUCGCCUCUGUUUGGGGAAACUUCGUUAAUAUGAGCUUUCUACUCAACAGGUCUAUCCAGGAAACCAGCGAACUCAAAAUUGAAAGCAAGAUUGAAGAGAUUGUUGAACCACUAAGAGAGAAAAUCAGAGAUUUGGAGAAAAGCUUCACCCAGAAAUACCCGCCAGUGAAGUUUUUAUCAGAAAAGGAUCGCAAAAGAAUUUUGAUAACUGGAGGCGCAGGGUUCGUGGGUUCCCAUCUCACCGACAAACUCAUGAUGGACGGCCAUGAGGUCACCGUGGUGGACAACUUCUUCACAGGCCGCAAGAGAAAUGUGGAGCACUGGAUCGGCCACGAGAACUUCGAGCUGAUUAACCACGAUGUGGUGGAGCCUCUCUACAUUGAAGUUGAUCAGAUAUACCAUCUGGCCUCCCCAGCCUCCCCUCCCAACUACAUGUAUAAUCCUAUCAAGACGCUGAAGACCAAUACAAUUGGGACACUAAACAUGUUGGGGCUGGCAAAGCGAGUUGGUGCCCGUCUGCUCCUGGCCUCCACAUCCGAGGUGUAUGGAGACCCUGAAGUGCACCCUCAGAGUGAGGAUUACUGGGGCCACGUGAAUCCCAUUGGACCCCGGGCCUGCUAUGACGAAGGCAAGCGGGUGGCAGAGACCAUGUGCUACGCCUACAUGAAGCAGGAAGGCGUGGAAGUGCGAGUGGCCAGAAUCUUCAACACCUUUGGGCCACGCAUGCACAUGAAUGAUGGGCGUGUGGUCAGCAACUUCAUCCUGCAAGCUCUCCAGGGGGAGCCACUCACGGUGUAUGGAUCCGGCUCCCAGACGAGGGCAUUCCAGUAUGUCAGUGACCUGGUGAACGGCCUCGUGGCGCUCAUGAACAGCAACGUCAGCAGCCCAGUCAACCUGGGAAACCCAGAAGAACACACAAUCCUAGAAUUUGCUCAGUUAAUUAAAAACCUUGUCGGCAGUGGAAGUGAAAUCCAGUUUCUCUCCGAAGCCCAAGAUGACCCACAGAAAAGAAAACCAGACAUCAAAAGAGCCAAGCUGAUGCUGGGAUGGGAGCCUGUGGUCCCGCUGGAGGAAGGUCUAAACAAAGCGAUUCACUACUUCCGUAAAGAACUGGAAUACCAGGCAAAUAACCAGUACAUCCCCAAACCAAAGCCCGCCAGAAUCAAAAAGGGACGAACACGCCACAGCUGAAUCCCUCCGCUCUUAGGACACGAGGACUCCAUGUUUUACACUUGAUGAGAUGUAUUUUUUUUUAAAAAAAGAAAGACUUUUUAACAGGUGUCAUGAAGAACAAACUGGAAUUUCAUCCUGAAGCUUGCUUUAAAGAAAUGGAUGUGCCUAAAAGUUCCCCUCAGAACCCUGCAGACUUCGCCUUGCACUUUUUGGAUCUGUCUUUUGAUGUAAAAUAGCGUAGAUGCAUCCCUGCCGACUUCCAGGUUUUUUAUCUUGCUGUGAGAGCUAUGUCGUGACUGUCGCUGACAGUUUUAUUUACUGGUUUCUUUGCGAAGCUGAAAAGGAACAUUAAAUGGAAUGAAAAACAUCGAUGAUAUUUAUAAAUGAGACGUUACACUAUGCAUAAGGAAAACAAACAGUAUUGUCAGGUAGGUGGUGUCCCGGCACUCACCUUCAGGCAGGUAAAAACAAAUUCUGUUGGAGAGCUUUAUGUUUCUUUUUAAUCCAGAAUUUUUCCACGGUCUAGUUUUUAGCUACAAACUUGACUUUGAGAUAUUUCUGUUGGUUAUCAUGAUCAAGGAUAUUUGAAAUCACUACUGUAUUGUGCUGCAUAUUCGGGGGGAGGGGUGCGGGAGGGAAUGAAGUCCUUGGACAACCGUGGUUAAAUAUACUAUUUUAAUAAAAUAUGGAAUCU